AGGUGUCUGAACUAAAAUAUGGUGACCUGACGCUGUGGAGAAGAAGAGGAGCGGGGCCAGAAGCCAGUGGACGCUGCUCUCUGUGGAAAGACGGGCGCCUUUCACUCCGCCCCGCUUCAUAGCAGCCAAAGGGGUGAGGGGUCAGGCCUGCGAGCUGCGGAUCAUGGCGCUAGCCUUGCGACUCUGGCGCUCCCUUCCUUUGGGACGUAGCGCUGCCCUGGGACCUCGGCUCCCGACGGGUGCUGCUGGCAGCUGCGAGCAGUGCGUUCUUUGGCGACUCCGCGGUGCUGAGGUGAUGGGAAACCCAGGAGCUUUCAAAAGAAGUCUCUCUGCCUUGUCUUAUUUGGGUUUUGAAACUUAUCAAGUCAUUUCCCAGGCUGCUAUGGUUCAUGCCGCAGCCAAAGUCUUCAGAGUUGAAGAAAUCCUUGAACAAACAGACUACCUAUAUGAAAGUGGAGAAACAGAAAAACUUUACCAGUUGCUAUCCCAGUACAAGGAAAGUGAAGAUGCAGAGUUACUGUGGCGUUUGGCACGGGCAUCACGUGUUAUAGGUCGACUCAGUGGAACCUCAGAAGAGGAGAAAAAGCUCUUGGUGUAUGAAGCCCUAGAGUAUGCAAAAAGGGCACUAGAAAAAAAUGAAUCAAGUUUUGCAGCUCAUAAGUGGUAUGCAAUCUGUAUUAGCGAUGUUGGAGAUUAUGAAGGAAUCAAGGCUAAAAUUGCAAAUGCCUACAUGAUCAAGGAGCCUUUUGAGAAAGCAGUUGAACUCAACCCUAAAGAUGCUACCUCAAUUCACCUUAUAGGUAUUUGGUGUUACACAUUUGCUGAAAUGCCUUGGUAUCAAAGAAGAAUUGCUAAAAUGCUGUUUGCAGCUCCUAGUUCCACCUAUGAGGAGGCCUUAGGCUACUUUCACAGGGCAGAGCAAGUGGAUCCAAACUUCUACAGCAAAAACUUGCUUCUUCUAGGAAAGACAUAUUUGAAGCUACACAACAAAAAGCUUGCUGCUCUCUGGCUAACAAAAGCCAAGGACUAUCCAGCGCACACAGAGGAGGAUAAACAGACAGAAGCUGCUCAGUUGCUUACAGGUUUCAGUGACAAGAACUGAGAAUUUUUCAAUGAAAUAUCUAAGAAGCAGUGCCUUUUCAUCAAAUUAUAAAGAUAAUAAAUACAUUAACCAU